AUGGCUUCUACUAUUCUGGCUCUUCUACACAUUGUCGUCAUUCCCACAAUCCAGUUCAUUGUCAACGCCCCCCUGCCGCUUCGUUGUCUUAUCUCCCCCUACCUCUCCUCUUCUCUUCUUCAACCCUUUAUCCCCUUCUCCUUCAGUUACACAGUUAUGUUACUUCGCCUCCACCGGAAGAGUUCAAUCACAGCCACUGUUCUCCCUGGUCAGAGGUGA